CCUCCCCCCCUCCUUUCUUUCCUGAAAGAAGUCUCCCCUGUCACUUAAAUCUACAUAAUUCUCACCUUUUUGAAACGGUUAAUUUACGCGGGUAUGUAACGGCGAAUCUCCUUCCGUUUAGAGAAAAAUCUUGCAAAACCCUAAGUCCCCACAACGAUCACCAUAGAUUGCGAGUAGAUUAGAUGCUCUCGUUGCAACCGCCCUGAAAGAUGGCAAUGGCGGGUUUGUAUAGGCGAAUCCUCCCAUCUCCUCCGGCUAUUGAUUUCGCUUCUUCCGAGGGAAAGCAACUCUUUGUGGAGGGGAUUCAAAAUGGAACCAUGGAAGGUUUUUUUAAGCUGAUUUCAUAUUUUCAGACACAAUCUGAAACCGCUUACUGUGGUUUGGCUAGCCUUUCUAUGGUCUUGAAUGCCCUUGCUAUUGAUCCGGGUAGAAAAUGGAAAGGGCCUUGGAGAUGGUUUGAUGAAUCUAUGUUGGAUUGUUGUGAGCCAUUAGAGAAGGUCAAAGCUAAUGGCAUUUCUUUUGGGAAGGUAGCUUGUUUGGCUGGUUGUGCUGGAGCAGAAGUUGUAGCUUUUCAUACAAAUCAAAGCACUGUUGAUGAUUUUCGUAAAUAUGUUAGGGCAUGUUCCACUUCAGAUAAUUGUCAUGUGAUCUCAUCCUACCAUAGGGGUACCUUCCAGCAGACUGGAACAGGUCAUUUCUCACCUAUUGGUGGUUAUCAUGCUGAAAGGGACAUGGCACUGAUUCUAGAUGUUGCACGGUUUAAAUAUCCACCUCACUGGGUUCCACUCUCUUUGCUUUGGGAAGCCAUGGAUACUGUGGAUGAAGCAACUGGAUUGCAGAGAGGGUUCAUGCUAAUAUCCAGGCUGCAAAGAGCUCCAGGAUUGCUUUAUACGCUGAGCUGUAAACAUGAAAGUUGGGUCAGUAUUGCAAAGUACUUGACCGAGGAGGUUCCACUGAUGCUGAAAUCAGAUACUGUGAAGGGCAUAGAAGAUGUCAUUUCUAUGAUUUUUUCAUCUCUGCCCCCUAAUUUUGCUGACUUCAUCAAUUGGGUUGCCGAAGUUCGUAGACAAGAGGAUGCUUCUGAAAAUUUAAGUGAAGAAGAGAGAGGGAGGCUUGCAAUGAAGGAAGAGGUGUUGAAACAAGUGCAGGAGACUGGUCUGUACAAGCAUGUCACUGAUCUUUUGUCUGUUGGAGCAUCUAUCUGCAGGAUUAAACCAACAACACUCUGUCACAUGGAUAAUUUGCCAAAUAUUGCAGCACGUGUCUGUUGCCAAGGUGCAGGCCUUUUGGCAGGGAAAACCGGUUCAUCAGAUCGGUUUUGUUGCCGAGAAACGUGUGUGAGGUCCUACAGAGCUAAUGGUGACAGGACUGUAACAGUGGUGUCUGGGAAGGUAGUCGGUGGCAAUGGACAGCAAGAAAUUGAUAUGCUUGUCCCUUCUCUGGCAAAGAACUGCUGCAACUCUAGUUUGGAUAGUUGCCAAGGGAUGCACCCAGAUAGCAAUGAUAUUCUGACGGCUCUUUUUCUAGCAUUGCCUCCAGAAACAUGGUUGGGAAUUAGAGAGGAGAAGGUUUUGCAGGAAAUACGUAGUCUGUUGUCAACUGAGAAUCUCCCUCUUAUGCUUCAAGAAGAGGUUUUACAUUUGCGGAAUCAACUGCUUUGUCUCAAGAGAUGCAACGACAAGGUCGUGCUUCAAGAGGCAAGAGAUCUCUCCCAAAGCUUGCAGUUGGUUAUCAAGGAGGAUAGAGUUGUUUCACAGAGAUUAUGCAGCAGUUCCAAACAGAUUCCUUCAUGGAAGAAUGAUCGUGCAGUGACUCUCUCCUGCUACCUGCCUCUGUUAAGUGAACGAGGAAUUGCCCAUCAUGGCAAGUCAAGAAAGGAGUCUCUUUAUCCGAUUAAUUUUCUGGCUAGAGUCAGAUAUCUUAAUAACGUUCCUAAUUCCGCAUUUCAUUUGCCGCUUUAUGGCUUUAAAUUCUAGUUACUAUUCUCCUAGCGGUGUUUUUCUUGGGCUAAAUUUUAUAUUAAUGUACCCAUGUAAAUUAGAGACGGAUCAUAGCAUAGGUGUUCAUGAAAUGAUCUCUUUCAGCUUCUGACAGCUCUGACUGUUCAUGAUUCUUCGGUAGGGUAUACGAAGUUAUUUGUACUUCAUGUCUUCCCGUGUUAUAGUCGACUAUCUAUAUCUAUAUCUAUUGUAGGGAAGGUUUUAGUGGA